AUGACCGGCCCGUCGAUCCAAGAUCGCACAAGCGAAUUUAGCUCUAUUCUGAGCCAAGCUCAGAAGCGCCUCGGUACCUCGAAGGUUGGGUCGCAGCGCCAGGCUCUGUUGACGGAUGCUCAAAGGCGGGAGGCCAAUGGCACAGCGCUCGAUGUGCAAAGAGGAAAGGGCGCUCGGUCAGAAUUCGCGCGACGAGCGCGCGAUAUUGGAAGAGGAAUCACCGGCACGACCUCGAAGUUACAGCGAUUGGCAGAAUUGGCCAAGCGCAAAACGCUCUUCGAUGAUCGCCCCGUGGAAAUCUCCGAAUUGACCUACGUGAUCAAGCAAGACCUUGCUUCCCUGAACCAGCAGAUCGCGGGCUUGCAAUCCUUGACCCAGGCGCAACACCCCAAGUCUAAUCGGCCAAAGACAGAUCAGGAAGGGGAACACAAUGAUAAUGUUGUCGUUAUGUUGCAAGGGAAGCUAGCCGAUGUAGGAUCUAGCUUUAAGGAGGUCCUAGAAGUUCGGACCAAGAACAUCCAAGCAUCUCGAACCAGGACAGAGAACUUCGUGUCUUCUGUAUCAUCUAAAUCGCAGAAUGCCCUCGAUUCCCAGCGCUCCGAUUCUCCUUUAUACAACACAUCUGGGCGCCGCACGCCUCAACCUGGAUUCCAAGGAAACUCAUCCGAUCUCUUGACGCUUGAACCAUCUAACCCUUCACCGCUGGGUCGCCCCUCCAUGCAAUCAGAUCAGCAAUUGCUGGUCAUGGAGGAAGCCCAAGGGAGCAACACCUAUGUCCAAGCUCGUGGUGAAGCCAUUGAAGCCAUUGAACGGACAAUUAGUGAGCUUGGUGGUAUCUUCGGCCAGCUGGCCCAGAUGGUCAGCGAACAAUCAGAGAUGAUUCAGCGCAUCGACGCCAACACAGACGAUGUCGUGGACAAUGUGCAGGGUGCUCAGCGUGAACUGAUGAAAUACUGGACUCGCGUUUCAGGGAAUCGCUGGCUCAUUGCGAAGAUGUUUGGUAUUCUGAUGAUUUUCUUCCUCCUCUGGGUCUUGAUUUCCUGA